UAAUCAAAUAAAAUCAUGUCGCACGUGACGUUCUUCCUCCUUUAUGUAAACCUCUCGACGGGGGCGGAGCCAUUGUACGGGACGGAUUCGCGCCAGAGCGGACGCUGUCGGAGGUUCUCCGUGACGGCUUGCUCGGUUCACUUCGUUAGAACUAAAUCCCAGUUGAACAGGGUUCCUGAGAGCGGCGCAUGCGCAGUUGUAGUCAGAGGAAUGUGUGGAAGAACGGCGUGCACGCUGGCUCCGGACGAGGUCAGCCGGGCCUGCGUCUACCGAGACCGCCGGGGACACCGCAGACAGCCCCGCUGGAAGGACGGAGACCGGGAGAAGUACCGGCCGUCGUACAACAAGAGCCCUCAGUCCAUGAGUCCGGUUCUGGUGUCACAGAGACAUUUUGAUGAGAGUGCUCCUGCAGAUGAAUGCGUUCUGGCCUCCAUGCGUUGGGGUCUGAUCCCUUCUUGGUUUAAGGAGAAUGACCCAAGUAAGAUGCAGUACAGCACCAGCAACUGCCGCAGUGAGAACAUCCUGCAGAAGAAGUCGUACAAGGAUCCGUUACUGAAGGGACAGCGCUGCGUCAUCCUGGCUGACGGCUUUUAUGAGUGGCAGAAGCUGGAAAAAAACAAGCAGCCUUUCUUCAUCUACUUUCCUCAGACCAGGACUCCAGACCAGGACCCAGAGGACCAUCAAACUAAGUCUGUGGAGGGAGCUCCUCCUGAGUGGACUGGAUGGAAACUGCUGACGAUGGCCGGUCUGUUUGACUGCUGGACACCACCAGAUGGGGGAGAAGCUCUGUACUCGUACAGCAUCAUCACUGUAAAUGCUUCUCCAAAUCUGCAAAGCAUCCAUAACAGGAUGCCAGCGGUCCUGGAUGGCGAGGAAGAAGUGAGGAGAUGGCUAGACUUUGGGAAAGUGAAGUCUUUGGACGCCAUGAGUCUUCUUCAGUCUAAAAACAUCUUGACCUUUCACCCGGUGUCCUCGGUGGUCAAUAACUCGCGCAACAACAAUCCAGAGUGCCUUCAGCCGCUGGAUCUGAACAGCAAGAAGGAGCCCAGACCCACGGCGAGCAGCAGGAUGAUGACGAGUUGGCUGUCCAGCGGCUCUCCUUCAAAAAGUAAGGAGGCCGGCGUGAGUGAGAGAAAGGAGGACGGCAAAGCAAAGAAAAAGCGGGAAUCCUCCGGAACUCUUCAGCAGUGGCUCCAGAAAAAAGCCAGGACCAAAUGAACUGCAGAAAGCAAAGUGUUUGGACUUGACCAUGUUAGUCCUUGGUUUACAAAGAAUUUUAUCACAAAAAGUUAAAUAAAUCCUUCCACUCUGUGUGCUUGAUUCAA